AUGGAGGAUGUGGUGGGACUUCUUAGAAUCCGAGUGAGAAGAGGGAUCAAUCUGGUUAGUCGAGACUCUAGUGGCAGCGACCCUUUCGUCGUCAUAACCAUGGGUCCUCAGAGACUGAAGACUCGUGGUGUUGAAAAGAAUUGUAACCCAGAGUGGAACGAUGAAUUGACGCUUGCAAUCAAAGAUCCUAACGAACCUGUGAUUCUCGAAGUAUAUGAUAAAGAUACGUUCACUUCUCAUGACAAGAUGGGAGAUGCGGAGAUAGACAUCAAGCCGUUGCUUGAUGCCCAAGAAACGGGUUUUCAACAACUCUCUCAAGGAACAGAGAUCAAGAGAGUGAAGCCGAGUGGAAACAACUGCUUGUCUCAAGAGAGCAGCAUCAUCUCCAGCAACGGUAAGCUCUUUCAAGACAUGAUUCUAAAGCUGAGAGAUGUCGACGCCGGUGAGGUUGAGAUUCAAAUCGAGUUGAUCAAUAUUUGA